UGCCUCUGUCUGCCUGCUCUGCUUCUGCUUCUGCCCAUAGACUAUUCCCUUUAAUGCCGCCUAGACUGUCCACAAAGAGGGUGCUCUCGCUCAACUCGUUGCCUCUCUCUGCACAGCGCGCUGCACUCGCGCGGCCGCGCUACCUCGCAACCUGCGUCACCACACGCUCCGGCUCAGCGUCCAAGCGGCCGUCAUGUUCACUCGGUAGACCCGGGCCAUCGAGGGGAUUCCACGCGUCUGCUGUGCACUCGGCGCCGAAAGACCCCUACCAGGUCCUUGGCGUGAAGAGGGACGCGUCUGCCGCUGAAAUCAAGAAGACCUACUUCGGGCUCGCCAGAAAGUAUCAUCCCGAUACCAAUGCGGACAAGAACGCGCAGGAGAAGUUCGUGGAGAUCCAAGAAGCAUACGACAUUUUGAAGGACCAGAAGAAGCGAGCUGAGUACGACAAGUACGGCUCGGCUUCCCAGCAACCAGGCUUCGACUCGAAUGCGUACGAGAACGCCCGCUCCUCGUUCGGCGGCGGUGGAUUCGGUCACAAUCCCUUCCAGGACUUCGCCGGAGCGUUCGGAGGCGGACGGGGCGGACGGGCACAAUCCGACUUGUUCGAACAGCUCUUCUCGUUCGGCGGAGCUGGCGGGGAACAAGCCAGGCAGAGCACGCGGGGUGCGAAUCUCGAGACCACGAUCGGCGUCAGCUUCAUGGAAGCUUGCAAGGGGACUUCGCGCACGGUCACCAUCCACCCUGUGGUACAAUGCAACACGUGCUCCGGUUCCGGCAUGAAGGCCGGGGUGAAGCGAUCGACAUGCGGGGCUUGCGGCGGGUCCGGAGUACGGUCGUACGUGAUCCAGAGCGGCUUCCACAUGCAGACAACGUGCAACGCGUGCGGAGGAUCUGGCUCGACCGUGCCACCACAUGGGGAGUGUAACACCUGUGCUGGUAUUGGACAGGUCAGGGUGAAGAAGUCGGUCAAGGUUGACAUCCCUUCUGGGGUGGAAGACGGCAUGGCUAUGAGAAUCCCUGGUCAAGGUGACGCACCAAUAGGCGGCUCCGGUCAGCCAGGAGAUCUCCUCGUCCGUAUCAACGUCGCGCCCUCGCAGGUGUUCAAGCGCCAAGGCGCGAAUCUGUACCAUGAUGCCCGUAUCCCGGUACAGACCGCUCUUCUCGGUGGCAGACUCCGAGUUCCCACAUUGGACGGAGAAGUCGACGUUCGCGUUCCUUCCGGAACGCAGCCCGGCGAGCAGAUGGUUUUGAAAGGCCGUGGCGUGUCCUCUGCUACGCGGAGUGGCAAGGGUGACCUUUUCGUCACCUUCAACGUACAACUGCCACGGUCGCUGUCCUCGCGCCAACGCGAGCUCUUGCAGCAAUUCGCCGAUGACGUGGAGGGUCGGGUUUCCAACACUUCGCCUCAGGAGCCACCAUCCAAAGCUUCUACCGAAGGAACUGCGCCUUCAGGCGAGCGUCCCGCGAGCGAAUCGCGUCCUGCUAGCGAUUCGGAGAGCACACCAAACGGUACGGCCUCUUCUUCCCCUUCGCCCCCAGAUAGCUGGGUGUCUCGUACGUUGAAUGGGCUUAGGAGACUCAUCGGAUUUUGAUUUUCAUGUGUCGUUGAAUUGGAUCUGCGCCGCUGGGUUUUUCACUCGGACACUACAGACACGUCCCGCACGUCAGAUGAUGGCGACCGCGACGACCGGAAACGCGACACCGAGCGCAAGAAGGCUACGGCAUAGAACACCCUAACUUGGACCUUCCCCGAGGAUGGCCGCCCGUGCAUUCGGUUCGACCUCUAGGCUGUCAGUAUCUACUAGGCUACAUCUCCCUGCAACUAAUUAGUACGUAUUUUGCUGAUCA